UGCCCCGGUUGUGUCCGGGUAAGAUGGCGUUGGAAGAGCAGUGCUCGGCACCACCUCGAUGGCAGGCCAUAUCAGUGACACACGUAGAGUUUCCCGAGGGGGAUCUCACGGGAAAACUGCUGGCCUACAUCAGUCUCCUACCCGUAGCUAUUCUUGUGGGCUUUGUCACUCUCAUAGUGUUUAAACGGGAACUGCACACGAUUUCCUUCUUCACUGGAGUCCUUCUAAAUGAAGGAGUGAACUGGGUGCUCAAGCACAUUCUCAGAGAACCGCGCCCUUGUGCAGGAGCUCAUACAACCGUUUAUGCCGAGUACGGCAUGCCCUCGAAUCAUUCCCAGCUUAUCUGGUUCUUCGUUGUUUACUUCUUUCUUUUUCUUUAUUUAAGGAUGCAUCAGACAAACAAUGCUCGAUGUGUGGACCUGCUGUGGAGGCACGUCCUGUCAAUCGUCCUGGUGGGCAUGGCGUCGUCCGUCUCAUACAGCAGGGUCUACUUGUUGUAUCACACCUGGAGUCAGGUUUUCUAUGGGGCAGUGACUGGCAGUACAAUGGCCAUUAUCUGGUUCUUUUUCACACAAGAAGUGCUGACACCUUUAUUCCCCAAAGUUGCAGCAUGGCCGAUAUCAGAGUACUUCCUGGUGCGAGACACAAGCUUGAUUCCCAACAUUUUAUGGUUUGAGUAUACAGUGACCAGAUCAGAGGCAAGAAACAGACAACGAAAGCUUGGAACAAAACUUCAAUGAUCUGCAGAGCACUUUGUGAAACCUCCGUGUAGGCCCACACUUCGCACACACAAACACAGAGACAGACAUUCUCAUACACUCACACAAACAGAAGCUAAAUCAACAACAAAAAAACACUGGAGAAUAAUCAACUUUUGGACUGACUUGGCUGCAAAGAACGUUGGGGGGGGGGGGAACUUAAAAAAAAAAAAAAAAAAAAAAAC